CGGUUUGUGGAGAGCGCAGUCGCCCGGGAGAUGCGGCCUGAGUAGGAUCUGUGAGGAAUCCACCUCGAGGCGGAUCAUCGGGGAGAGAAUCGCAGCGGAAUCGGAACUCAGGGACUUCAACUCAAUUUUGGCACCGCCAUCGUUGUUGGGAACCACGAGAGUCUGCUGCUGUUCAGAGUGAGUCCACCAUGGCUGUCCCAGAAUCCCGGCCCAACCACACAAUCUACAUUAACAAUCUCAAUGAGAAAAUCAAGAAGGAUGAGCUGAAGAAAUCCCUCUAUGCCAUUUUCUCCCAGUUUGGCCAGAUCCUGGACAUCCUGGUGUCCCACAGCAUGAAAAUGCGGGGCCAGGCCUUUGUAAUCUUCAAGGAGGUCAGCAGCUCUACCAACGCCUUGCGCUCCAUGCAAGGCUUCCCCUUUUACGACAAGCCCAUGAGGAUCCAGUAUGCCAAAAUGGACUCUGACAUCAUAGCCAAGAUGAAGGGGACAUAUGUGGAGCGGGACCGCAAGCGAGAGAAGCGGAAGCCCAAGGGCCAAGAGGCUCCGGCUGUCAAGAAACAGAUCCCAGGAGCGGCCCCUGUGGCGCCUGCUGUCCAAGGCGCAGUACCUGGCAUGCCCCCCAUGAACCAAGGCCCACGCAUGAUGCACCACAUGCCAGGCCAGCCCCCUUACAUGCCUCCUCCGGGGAUGAUGCCUCCACCUGGCAUGGCCCCGGGGUCCAUUCCUCCAGGGGCGAUGCCGCCGCAGCAGAUGCUCCCUGGGCAGAUGGCUCCAGUUCAGCCGCUCUCAGAAAAUCCUCCCAAUCACAUUCUGUUCCUCACCAACCUGCCUGAGGAGACCAACGAAUUGAUGCUGUCCAUGCUUUUCAACCAGUUCCCAGGUUUCAAGGAGGUGCGACUGGUGCCAGGCCGCCAUGACAUUGCCUUUGUGGAGUUCGAUAACGAAGUGCAGGCUGGAGCGGCCCGGGACGCCCUCCAAGGCUUCAAGAUCACACAGAACAACGCUAUGAAGAUCUCCUUUGCAAAGAAAUGAGGUCUCCCAUGGCCCUUUGUCCGUGCAAUGCUGACUAUCCCUUCUCUUCUAGUUCAUGCUUGUAAAAUAGCUUUUUUUUUUUGUAUGAGUCUUUUUUCAUGUUCUGCUCUGUGUGGUAAGUGCAGAGGUAUGUGAAAAAGAGAGAGAAUGAAAAGCUCAGUUGAAAGAAGGGCAGAGAGAUGUGUGCUUGGGUUUGUGUGCACAGUUCGAAAGUGGCAGCUGAUUCUCUGUAAAAAAAAAAAGCAUUGCACCCAGGGUCUGACAGCCAGACAUUGCACCUGGAGCUUUUCUGUUUUGGAAUAAAAAUGUGUUUAUUUUC